UUUGUACCAGGAUGUAAUCCUGAAGUUUGGAUGCCCGAAAACCGUCAUUAGUGAUAAUGGAUCCCAGUAUGAUAGCCGGUUGUUCAAGGGAAGUCUACGAGAUCUUGGGAUCCGACACCGUUUUGCACCAGUGUAUUCUCCCCGUAGAAAGAGCCAACCGUACCCUCAAAACCAUGAUAGCUCAGUUCUGUGGAAAGAAUCAGCGUACCUGGGAUGAGCAUCUGAAGGAGUUGACCUUCGCAAUAAACUCUGCAAGGCAGGAGUCGACCGGAUACACCCCAGCGUUCCUGAAUUUUGGUAGGGAGAUGCGUUCACCGAACGCCAAGUAUGUAGCUGAGAUGGCCAACCGGGAUGAAAAGGAUCACACCGAACCGGACACCGAACCGCAGGUUGCUUUGCAUGCAAAUAAACUAAACCGUUUUACCGAAACUUAUGAGUUUGUCCGAACUAGAUUAGCCCAAGCUUUCUCCCAGCAGAGCCACUACUACAAUCUACGCCGGAGGGACUGGCGAUGCAGAAUAGGAGACCAGGUGUACCGAAGGGAGCAUCCCUUAUCUUCUGCAGUAGAGGGAAUUGCCGCCAAAUUGGCUCCGAAAUAUUCCGGUCCAUAUACCGUUGUCAAAGUAAUUUCUCCGGUAGUGUAUAACAUCAAGGAUGGCGGUGGUAAGGUUUUCCGACAUGUUCAUAUUAAAGAUCUGAAGCCCUCUCUUGAAGAGGGGGUGUCUGAGAUAUAAAUACCGUUACUAACCGUAUAGUAGUACCGUUCAAAGCGAACAGGGUACUAAUGAACCGUAAAUUACUGUCCGAUUAAUUGUAUGUAUUUGCAGGAUGCGCCGUUAUAGUUUGGGGAGACCGCUACGGUUCCGAUCCAUCACGCCGCCUCCACCGUCACCGCCUCCGCCCCACCGUCACCGUCAACACCCCUACCGUUACCGUCUCCACCGUCCAGGGAGUCGUCGCCAGCCAUGAGCCUGUGGACGGAUUUUGAGUGCCCCAGGCCAGUAACCACAGAUGCGAGUACCAAUACUGUGAGGCCAGCCACCAGAACCGUUGGCACCAAUGGAAUCCAGGUAUUCCUUGAGCUGGGACCACGAAGCUGUUGGAGAUGCGGCCUUAUGGGGGUAUUGUCCCGCGACUGCUGUGUAGGGGCACCCAACCGAGUGCGUUUAUCCACCGACCACCGUUUAUCCACCGACCACCGUUUAUCCACCGACCACCGUUCAUCCACCGACCACCGUUUAUCCCCACCGUCGAGAAACCGGGAAGAA